AUGAAUACUCAAGUACCAAAAGGAAAUACGAUCAACAACACGACAACCGAGUACAUCUACCAACCGCAAGACAACUACGCAACCGACAUGGCAAUGUCCCUAUUCAACGAAACACCCAUCACACACAAUCAAACACAGAAAGCCGAAAAGAAAAAGGACGCGUACACCUUUCAUUUCGCAAAAGGUUCGGCUCCUGUGAUAAACAUAUAUAAAAAGGAUUGA